GUUAGAUGUCUUCUGGAGAUGGGAUCGAUGGAGAUGAAAAGUCUGAAGAGACACAUGGCAAAGAUAUUAGACGCAUCAAGUGUGAAUUUUGCACUGUUGUUAGGUCCAAGAUGUAUCUCAUACGAGCUCACAUGGUAGCUCAGCACAAGGAUGAGUUGGACGCAUCAGAAAUCUACGACUCAAAUGGUGAAAAGGUUGUUUAUGGGGUUGGACACACAUGUGAAGAGUGUGGAGCUUGUUUCCGGAAGCCAGCUCAUCUGAAGCAGCAUAUGCAAAGUCAUUCCAAAGAGGGUUUAGAUAAUAGAUACUUAACAGCGUGAAGCAUUGGAUCCCAUUACAGAACUCCAAAAUGCAUGGAGGCACAUUUUAAUCUUGGUUGGACUAGUAACAGGUUGGGAUGACCUCCUGUGAAGCUCCAACAAGAUUGCCUCCUUCACGCUUAUUCAGGAGAGAUCCUUCGCCUGCCCACUUGAAGACUGCCCCUUCAGCUAUAUAAGAAAAGAUCACUUGAACCGGCAUAUGCUUACACAUGAGGGCAAGUUGUUUACAUGCCCUCUAGAAGGUUGUGGCAAGAGGUUCAGCAUCAAGGCAAAUAUUCAAAGACAUGUUAAGGAAAUGCAUGAGGAUGAGCACGAAUGCAAAAUCGAUGACACUAAAAGCAACCAACAGGUUAUUUGCCAGGAGGAGGGCUGUAAAAAGGCUUUCAAGUAUCCUUCACAGCUGAAGAAACAUGAGGAGUCACAUGCCAAAUUGGACUAUGUGGAAGUAGUCUGCUGUGAGCCUGGCUGCUUGAAGACAUUCACAAAUGCCAAGUGCCUGAGGGCUCAUAACCAGUCUUGCCAUCUAUAUACUCACUGUGAUAUUUGUGGGGAGAAACACCUGAGGAAGAACAUUAAAAGGCAUCUACGAGCUCACGACGAAGUGCACUCUACUGAAAGGUUGAAAUGCAGUUUUGAUGGCUGUGAAUGCUCCUUCUCCACCAAAUCAAAUCUAAACAAGCAUAUGAAGGCGUGCCACGACCAAGUCAGACCUUUUGAGUGUCGGGUCGCGGGGUGUGGCAAGACAUUCCCCUACAAGCAUGUCAGGGACAAUCAUGAGAAGUCGAGUUGUCAUGUAUACGUAGAGGGCGACUAUGAGGAGAUGGACGAGCAGCUGCGCUCGCGCCGAGGAGGUGGGCGGAAGAGGUCGGCUGUGACGGUCGAGACGCUGACUCGCAAGAGGGUCACCAUCCCCAGCGAGGUCUCAUCGCUUGAUGAUGGGGCGGAGUACAUGCGCUGGAUGCUCUCCGACGGGGAUGAUUCGAACCAACGCUGAGUAGGCGUGUGCUGUGUAUGUUGUUGCAGUACGUUUUUGAGGUUGUCAAAUGUAUAGGGGGUCUCUACGGUGUUUGGUGCUCAAGUCGGUGUAGUUGCGUGGAAAUCGUGUUUGUGUGUAUUUAUGCAGAGUUCUGAUUUAGUAAGUAUAUAUAGUACUAGUAAGUGAAGCAGUCGUGUUAUAUACGGGUAGUAAGUAACUGGUUUGGAGAUAGUAGCAGUCUGGGCCUUUGAGUUGUUGUACUUGUAAUAGCCAUCUUGAAGCUGGGUUGUGUUUUGUUGUCGAAUUGGUUGAAUAUGUGCAUGUUUUAACCAAGAGACUACUCCUAAAUACUGCUAGUAGAAAGUUGGGUCACCUAUUUUGGAA